ACCAUUCCUGUUUAAUCCCUUAUAUUAAUCCUCAAAUCUUUAACCCCGUUUCACAAAUCUUUAUCCUCUCCCAGAUGGUUUCCAAAAUGAUCUCUUCAAAGUUUCAAGUAACAAGUUUCAGAGGCUACCUCAUUUCCUUCUUUUUAACUUCACUAAUAUUUUCCCUCUUUUACAUGUCAGCAUUUUUCAAAACAUUCAACAAUGUCACCACCUUAUGGUCAUCUAAGCCUCUGGUAAUCCCUGAACCUUCGUACCCUGUCAGAUUCGCUUACUUAAUUUCCGCGUCGAAAGGGGAUGUUGUGAAGCUGAAAAGGACCGUGCUCGCGCUGUACCAUCCGGGGAAUUACUACUUGAUUCAUAUGGACAGUGAGGCCAGUGAGGAGGAGCAUUCGGAGAUUGCUGAAUUUGUUCCCAGCUAUGACGUUUUCGAGCAAAUGGAAAAUGUUUGGGUAGUCGAUAAGCCUAAUUUGGUUACUUAUAGAGGCCCAACUAUGCUAUCUGCAACAUUACAUGCAAUGUCGAUACUCUUGAGGAAAGCAAGUGAAUGGGACUGGUUUAUUAAUCUCAGUGCCUCUGAUUAUCCGCUUGUAACUCAAGAUGAUCUCAUUCUUGCCUUCUCUGACUUGCCAAGGGACCUUAACUUUGUACAACAUAGCAGUAAUCUGGGCUGGAAAGUGAAUAAGAGAGCAAAUCCAGUUAUGAUAGACCCGGGGCUGUACAGUUUAAACAAAUCAGAGAUCAUGUGGGCUGAUAAACAAAGGCCUGUUCCAACAGCCUUCAAGCUCUAUACAGGAUCAGCUUGGACUGUGUUAUCAAGAUCAUUUGCAGAGUACUGCAUUGUGGGGUGGGAGAAUUUGCCAAGGACUCUGCUUAUGUACUACACGAAUUUCGUGUCAUCGCCUGAAGGGUACUUUCAGACUGUUAUAUGCAACUCAGAGGAGUACAGAAACACAACCGUAAACCAUGAUCUCCACUACAUUGCCUGGGACUAUCCUCCAAAACAGCAUCCUAGAUUACUCGGAUUCAGAGAUUACAGAAAAAUGAUCCUCAGCCACCGUCCAUUCGCUAGGAAAUUCAAGCAAGAUCACGGAGUUCUUGACAGGAUAGAUCGUGACUUAUUGAGCAGACAAAACGGAGAAUUCACUACAGGAGGAUGGUGUUAUAAGAGAGAUAAUUCAACCGAAAGCUGUUCGGGUUUGCAGAGGGAGAAGUUUGGCCUGUUGAGGCCCGGAACAGGCGCCAGGAGGCUCAGAAGUUUGCUGAGGAAAACUCUGUAUACUGAUGAUUUCGAAACCAGGCAAUGUAAAUAAUCAUGUUGUAGUUGAUGCUUGUAAAACUUUUUUGUAAAUAUAAAUUGACAUUAUUCCACAAGAGAAA